GCUUUCCCCGCGGGGACCAUGGAUGAGGAGAGUCUGGAAGCGGCCAUCGAGAGCUACAACGCGCAGCUGCAGCAAGUGGAGCUGGCGCUGGGCGCGGGUCUGGACCCUUCACAGCACUCGGACCUGAUCCAGCUGCAGGGAGAUCUGAAGCAGCUGAUCGAGCUGACCCAGUCCAGCCUGGUGGCAGUGAAGAAGAGCAAACUUCUGGCUGCUCUAGAUACAAAUGCAUCUUCCUCCUCCCCGGCGGGGCUCCUGGAGCAGGACAGCGAGCCCAACAGCUCAGCCCAGGAUGAGGAGUAUGCUGCUUUUCAGGAGGCCAUUGCUGGGCUGGGAAGUGAGGAGAAGCCUUUGGCUGCCAACACUGAGCUGCUGUCCAAGGGAGAGGGAGAAACUGGUGACCAAAAUGAGCAGAGGCACAGUGAAGAGGAGGAGGAGUCUGACAGAGAGGAGGAGGAGGAGGAGGAGGAGGAAUUGAGUGGGAUGAAGGUUAAAGCCCCCUACUACAGUUCCUGGGGGACCCUGGAGUACCACAAUGCCAUGAUUGUGGGGACAGAGGAGCUGGAAGAUGGCACUGCAGGGGUGAGGGUGCUGUACCUCUACCCAACCCACAAAUCCCUGAAGCCCUGUCCCUUCUUCCUGGAUGACAAAUGCAGAUUUCAGGAGAACUGUAGGUUCUCCCAUGGCCAGGUGGUCCCUGUGGAGGAGCUCCAGCCCUUCCAGGAGCCCAACCUCAGCUCCCUGGGGAUGGGCUCAUCCUGCCUGGCAAAGCACAGUGAUGGGAUCUGGUAUCCUGCCAGGAUCACAGACAUUGACAGUGGUUACUACACUGUGAAGUUUGAUUCCCUGCUGCUGAAGGAGGCUGUGGUGGAAGGGGACAGCAUCAUCCCCCCCCUGAGGAGUGAGGAGGGGGCUUCAUCUCCUGAGUCUGAUGCUGACAGUGUGGAUGACUCAGGUUAUGCUAAAGUGAUCCAUUCAGGAGCUGCAGAGAGCAGGGAGUGGAGCCCUGCCUGCAGCUCCUCCUUUGGGGGCUGGGAGGCUCACACUCGUGGGAUUGGCUCCAAACUCCUCAUCCAGAUGGGAUACGAGUUUGGGAAAGGCUUAGGGAAGAAUUCCGAGGGCCGCGUGGAGCCGGUGCAGGCUGUGGUGCUUCCUCGAGGGAAAUCCCUGGACCAGUGCGCAGAGGUGCUGCAGAGGAAGAGGAUGGGGAAGCUGGAACCCGGCACCUCCAGGAAGCGGAGGGAGAAGGGAAGCGGCUCCGGACAGACCCCUGGUGGCAGCCGGAAGGCUCGACACAACGUCUUCGAUUUCUUGAACGAGAAACUGCGAGGGAAAAGCAGCGGGGAGAAGGUGGGAGGGGUGGCACUGCCGGAGAGGAACAGCAAGGAGAUCUAUCGUGCCAGCAAGAGCAGCAGAAAGGCCCUGAGCAUCCGGCUCUUCCAGACGGUGGAGAAGAUUGAGCAGACCCAGAGGGACAUCAGGGGCAUCCAGCAGGCCCUGGAAAGGAACAUUGGGAGGCACAAUGUUGCUGCAGCUCAGCUGGAGAAGAAGUUGGCCAAUGCCCACAGGCAGCUGGGGCAGCUGCAGGCCCAGGAAGCCACUCUGCAGAGAGAGCAGAAGAAAGCAGAGACACACAAGAAGAUGACUGAGUUCUGACCUCUGAGGAAGGCCUCAGGCUGCAGGGAUUGUCCUUGGAGCCUCAGAGCCAGGCUGAGCCAUCCUGCUCCUCUGGCCUUUGGGGUUGAAAACUGGGCUGAAAAGCUGCAGUUUCUGAACCUCUCCAGUUUUGUGAGUGCUGCAGAGGGGGGGAGCACACACCCACCCCCCCAAAAAGCCUCCAGGCAGCCUCAGCCUUGUGGAAGGAGCUGCUGUGAGCAAUCAGUCCAGUUCUCUGCUCUCCUGCUCACUUCUUCCCUCUCUCCUCUGGUGGCACCUCCACCCAGAGCCUGCAGCUGCUGAGCUGCUGACAUGGGUGGCUGUGAACCAGCUGGGGGGGUUCUGCCACCAGCUGUGGCUUGGGCUGGCAGCCAGCUGACAAAUGGAAGCAGAGUCAGGGUCCUGAGCACGUUCUGGUGAAGCUGCAGAGCCUCCUGUGGGGUGGGAAGAGCCAAGGCAGAGCGUGGCUCCUGCUGCUCCCUGCACUUGGGGUUUCACUGGGGGAUUUAUCCAAAAACUCUGUUCUAGAGGGGGGGGGAAGGGGGGCAGCAGAUCCUUGCAGCCCUGGUGUGAGGGAUAGGUGGGCCAAGUGGCAGCUUGGAGGUACCAGUGGCCUCAAGGCUCAGAUUUGAUCCCUUUGGCAGCCAAGUGUCCUCAGGACAUGGAGCAGCCCCACUGCAGCAGAGCACAGAGCUGUGGGGAUGGGGCAGCAGGGCAGCAGCCUCAACCCUCCCAGCUGGCAACCUGGUGGCUUUGGCCAUCAUCACUUGAGUUUUCCUGUCCCAGGUGGCUCACUGAACACAGCUCCUGUGAUGAAGAAACCUCAGGACCCAGAUCCAGGGUCUGGCUGAGCAGAAGGAUCAGGAGAGCUCCAGGCUGGGCUGGUGCAGCCCCAGGGCCCUUCCCUGCAGCUUGGGGCAGGCAGGAUGUCUGCUCCAGUAGGUUCUGUGCUGUGCCAGUCCUUCCCCAGAGGUAAUGGUGGUGGCACUGAGGAGUUUCUGCUGGGACUUGGACAUUCUGAUUGCUUUUUUUUUUUCUGAGUUGUAAUUUCAUGCCAGCAUCUCAAGGACACUUUUUUUUUUUUCCUUAAUUUAAGGAAACAGUUUCCUUGUAUGAUGAGAGUCGUUUCUUCUAAUGAAAAGUUGGGGUACCACCUUUUUUUUUCUUUGAAAUCUGUUCCUCAGAAAACUCCCUGAGCAGGGAGCUGCCCUGACUCCUAGGCUGAGGCUGCCAGACCAGAAAACCCAAAGCUGGAGGAGACACCAUUCAAUGGACUGCUGCAGAAACACCUCAGAAAACACAGAGUGGCAGCAAAAAUAAACAAGACAAACACCUUCAGGAAACCUGCUGGUGACUGUGUCCUCCUGGAGAGCACUGGGGUGGUCAGGGCUGGGUCUGCAGGGUGCCCUGGGCUGCCAGGAGCCUUUCUGCAUCCAUCAGUUUCUGCCCAGCUUGGCUGCUCUGCCUUUGUUGUUCUCCUGUUCUGCACCUCUGGGGUUUCAUGAAGGGUUGCACAAUGGUUGCUCAGUGCCCUGCCCUCACCAGUGACUCUUUGUGUCCCACACUCCAGUGCUGAGUGGUGACAAGGAUGAAUGUCCCCAGCUCAGCGUGGCUGCUGGCGGGAGCAGAGAGAGCUCUGAGUUUGGUUUGAGCUCUCACACUGCUCCAGGUCAUCCCCUCUCGGAGCAGAACUGGGGCUGUGAGCCCCUCUGGCUCUGCUCAGUCUCCUUUUUUGACCUUCCCUUGGGGUUUCCACAGCUCAGGCUCCUGUUCCAGUGGCUCCCACCCGAGACACUUCCCCUCCCCGGUGAAUAAACGUGGGCUCUGUGUC